GCUGCAGUCAGGUCGUUCAGCGUGGGUUGUAAGUUACAACAAACGAAACACGAGUCCAAUAGUGAAGUGGUGUCGGCUUGUCUCCAGGCCGUGUCGUCUCUAACGGACCAAUCAGCUUUCAGCGGGCCUGAGAGCGCAGCGCGAGCCCUGACUGACUGAGCGCUCGAGCGUGCGGGAAAAUUCUGUCACCGAGGCACCACCAAACACCGCAUCCGCAAAAUGCCGAAUAAAACGAAAAAAGAAAAGGAAUCACCGAAAUCUGCUAAAGCCAGCAGUAAAAACAGUAACGUCAACGCUGGAAAGGACACCGGGAGUGAAAAUUCAGAUGAGGCGCAGCAGCAGACAGCCAGCAAGCGUCCAAGCAACAGCACUCCACCUCCAACUCAGCUCAACAAAAUCAAGUACUCAGGUGGUCCACAGAUAGUCAAGAAAGAGCGCCGACAGAGCUCUUCUCGCUUUAACCUCAGCAAGAAUCGUGAGCUGCAGAAGCUUCCUGCUCUUAAAGAUGCCCCGCCCAUCGACAGGGAGGAGUUGUUUGUUCAGAAGCUGCGGCAGUGUUGUGUACUGUUCGACUUCGUGAUGGAUCCUCUCAGUGACCUCAAGUACAAGGAGGUGAAGCGUGCUGGACUGAAUGAGAUGGUGGAGUACAUCACACACAAUCGUGAUGUAGUUACUGAAUGCAUCUACCCCGAGGCUGUCAUUAUGUUUUCAGUGAACCUAUUUAGGACCCUGCCUCCUUCUUCUAAUCCUACUGGAGCAGAAUUUGAUCCUGAGGAGGAUGAGCCUACACUGGAAGCAGCUUGGCCUCACCUGCAGCUGGUGUAUGAAUUCUUUUUACGGUUCUUGGAGUCACCCGAUUUCCAGCCUAAUAUCGCCAAAAAAUACAUUGACCAAAAGUUUGUAUUGUCUCUCCUGGAGCUGUUUGACAGCGAAGACCCCAGAGAGCGGGACUUCUUGAAAACAAUUCUCCACAGGAUUUAUGGCAAGUUUCUGGGACUUAGAGCGUACAUCCGUCGACAAAUCAACAACAUAUUCUAUAGGUUUAUAUAUGAAACAGAGCAUCACAACGGCAUUGCAGAGCUCUUGGAAAUUCUAGGAAGUAUAAUUAAUGGUUUUGCCCUGCCAUUGAAAGAGGAGCACAAAAUGUUCCUGAUUCGAGUGCUCCUGCCACUGCACAAGGUCAAGUCACUCAGUGUCUAUCACCCGCAGCUGGCAUACUGUGUUGUUCAGUUUUUGGAAAAAGACAGCAGUCUCACUGAACCGGUUAUAAUGGGUCUCUUGAAGUUCUGGCCUAAGACCCAUAGUCCUAAGGAGGUGAUGUUCCUGAAUGAGUUGGAGGAAAUCCUGGAUGUUAUUGAGCCUUCAGAGUUUGUAAAAGUUAUGGAGCCUCUGUUUAGACAGCUAGCCAAGUGUGUAUCAAGUCCACACUUUCAGGUUGCUGAGCGGGCACUGUAUUACUGGAACAAUGAAUAUAUCAUGAGUCUGAUCAGUGACAAUGCUGCCAAAAUCCUCCCCAUCAUGUUCCCUGCUCUUUAUAAGAACUCCAAAAGUCACUGGAACAAGACAAUCCAUGGGCUUAUUUACAAUGCUCUGAAGCUCUUUAUGGAGAUGAACCAGAAGCUGUUUGAUGAUUGCACUCAGCAGUACAAAGCCGAGAAGCAAAAGGAGAAGUACAAACUUAAGGAGAGGGAAGAGAUCUGGCACAAGAUUGAACAGCUUGCUAAACAAAAUCCUCAGAUUACAAAGAUCCAUCCGAGUUUCCGACAUGGUCUGCCUCCGGAUGCGUAUAUAAUGUAUAAUGAAAACCAAGGGAUGCCACACUAUUCCAUGGAGACAGAGACUCCCACUGCUGAGGACAUCCAGCUGCUGAAGAAGACUGUGGAAUCUGAGGCCACACAGGGAAUGAAAGAUAUAAAGAAGGACAAGGUGCUGAUGCGACGGAAGUCAGAGCUGCCACAAGAUGUGUACACUAUAAAGGCUCUGGAGUCCCACAAGCGGGCAGAAGAGUACCUGACUGCUAAUCAGGAAGCCCUCUGACUGAGGAACACCACAACCAGUCACCUGCACCACGCCUAGACUGUCCCACUCGUAUUUGUCCAGAAAUGUCGCCUGCUGUAUACUCCCUCCCUCCUUUCCUCCUUUUGUCUCUGCCUCUUUCCUUCUUCAUUUCCUCGUGGAGAGGCCUUUCUGCAAAAUCCUGGCCAGCACACAAUCAUGAAGAACUGCCAUUCUCUCUCCCUCUCCCUCCCUCAUUUCAAUGGCAACACCAAAUCACAAAAAAAACAAUCAUGCAAAACACUAUUUGAAUUGUACUACUACAGUUUAUUUUGCAAAACAAGGUUUCCUCUUUAUUGUGAUAUAUUGUUUUUUAAUGUUCUAUAUUUUGUCACAAUUUUUCCAAAUUUAACUGUCUUCACCUCUUUUGCCCUGCUUGUUUUUUUGUUGUUUUUUUUUCACUGGCCCUGUACAGCCAUAUUCAUUUAGGCAACCGACUGUGUUGUUUAAAAGAUAAUAAGCAACCAAUUAGUGACACUGAGAGCGCAUUUGCUUGAGCCAGGUUUAGGGACUAGGGCGUGUAGGUCUUUAAUUCUGGAUCAUGUUGCCUUGCUCUUGUGGGACAGUGUGAUGCAUAUGAAUGUAAACUUACUAUCAAAAUAUACCACAGGAUCUGUAGAGCUGUUUUGUUUCUUGCAGAAACCUAGCUGUUGAUAAUACUUGGUGUCCUCAUGCAAUAAGUUCAAAGUAAAAUAUAAUUGUGUAAAAGUACAUGACAAAUACCUCAAGACAAGGCAUCAUGCUUCCUUCUUAGAUGUCAUAAGUUCAAGCUUUUGUCAUCAGUUCAGCGACUGACCUAAAGGAAUCAGAGAGGUUUCUUGGUCCACGUGCUAGUGGCAGUCUGAAAUGUAUGAACCUAAAGCCUUGCUGUGCAGUAGAAUCGCUAUGAUUUUUAUUUAUGCUGAGUGUCAACACAGGAUUUAAUGUUUAAUCUGUUUCCUGCCUUACUGGUGAACUGAGAACACAACACUGCAAGGUGCUGAAUGAAAGCGCUGACCUCUUAAAACACCAGCAGACCAUUCCGUAUUUUGUUAACAUUCUACAGAUCAAUGCUGUAUCUCAAUGUUCUGUACCUCAAAUAAUGUGUCUACAAGUUACCAAUCACUCAUUACACAUUGUUCCAUGAUGUGGUUACAUAUAUAUAUAAUGUUUUUUGUUUAUUAUUAUUGAUUAUCAAGAAAUCCUAACGAUUCCCUUUAAACAGCUAUUUUUAUCUCAUAGCCUAACCACCUUAACAUCUUAUUUGUCUUAGGAUUAUAUAGCUUGACGUUAAAAGAUAACUCCCAUAUUUCAACUGCUUUGUCAAGUGGGAAAGGUUAGUUUAAUGUAGGUGUAGGAACGUCUUUUUGCUCACCUCCACCUCUUGUCAUAGAACUUUACGUUAAUAGGUUAUGCAUUUCUUACGAGCCUAAUCAAUAUUUUUGGAUAGAAGACAAAGAGGGGUGGCGGCUAUACACUCGAAAGGUCUGGUUGAAUAUUAUUCAGUCCUUUUUAUGAUUGUAAAGCAGACAAGAGAUGCUUGUUUAACUUUCCAAGCGGUGGGUAUAUGGGUAACGUACAGGCUGCGGUUAUUACUCAAAUAAUUGUAUAUUGUAAUGUAUAUUGCUUAGGUUUGCAGCCUUGCUUAUCAAAUCCCC